AAAUCUGCGCUGCACCCACCGAGCCGGAUUGAUGAAUCAGCGAGCCCCUGAUGAGCGACCCAGGGCUUGAGUGAUCGGCACAUCAGCACAUGGCAACAUGACGGCUGAUACUCAAAGUCCAGACUCGGCGGCCAUGAGAUUUGACAUUCUCAAGGGCGCUCUGAAAGAUGGCGUCGCGGCACGGGUCGGUCGUCUAGCCUUUGCGGGGCGACUGCCCAUGGACACGCCCAACUUCAUCGGCAUCACCUCACGCGGCGCCCUGCCUCAUCUCACUCCCGACAAUGUGAGCAAGCAUCUGCAGACCGUGGGUGCCUACAUGGCACUGGAGGACUUCAUCGAGCGCCCUCAGCAGUAUUCCCAGAGGACGCCGCCCAUCUACGGGACUCCCACGACGGCAAAACAUAACACCCGGCUGCACAGGUUUACCGCCAUGCCGCAGACCGUCACCACCGUCUUGGGAGCCCGCCGCAUCCCCGCCGUGCCCUCGCCCAUGGGCAACACCAACGCCUCCAUCUCCGUCUUCACCUCGACCGGCUUCCAGGUCCUCACCACCAAGGAGUACCUCUCCGCCGUCGACGCUCUCAGCCCGGACAUCGCCAUCCCCCUGGCCGACCUCACCCACAGCACCAUCACUCCGAACUCGAAGCGCGCCCUGCGCAUGGCCGAGCGCACCGACGAGUGGGUGGUCGAAUGGUUCUCUUCCCUUUCCGAGUCCGGCACUACUCCUCCUCCGAGGAGGACCUCCACCUUCGCCCCAAUCCUGCCCAUAUCCUACUCCAUCCAGUGGGAGUACGUCUCCCGCCUGGCCGAGGACUACCUGCCCACGGGCCAGCUCGCCGGCCUCGCCAUCCACGACCCGGACGUCCUCCCGGACCUGGCCGAGCACUGCCCGGCCCUGCUGCCCCUCCCGCGCCUCUCCCUCUCCAACCCGCCCACGCCCCACCACAUCCUGCGCCAGAUCGCCCUCGGCGUCGACGUCUUCGCCCUCCCCUUCAUCAACGCCCUCUCUGACGCCGGCCUCGCCCUCUCCUUCACAUUCCCACCACCACCACGACCCCCAUCAUCAUCAACACCUUCAUCACCACCAUCCCAAUCAUCCCCCGCCUCCGCCGGGACAGGGACAGGGACAGAAACAGAGACGGGAACCGGCCUGCUCCCGCUCGCCAUCGACCUCUCCCACCCGUCGCACGCGACCUCGCUGGAGCCGCUGGCGGCCGGGUGCGCGUGCUACGCCUGCGCGGCGCACCACCGCGCGUACGUGCACCACCUGCUGUCGGCGCGCGAGAUGGUGGGGUGGACGCUGCUGCAGGUGCACAACCACGCCGUCGUCGCGGCCUUCUUCGCCGGCGUGCGCGCCGCCCUCGCCGCGGGGGAGGGGAAGGGGGAGGGGGAGGGGAGCCCGGAGGCGUUCGACGAGGCCGUCCGCCGGUUCGCGCUCACGUACGAGCCCGACUUCCCCGAGGGCGCCGCCGAGCGGCCCCGCGCGAGGGGGUACCAGUACAAGAGCGUCGGCGGCGGCGAGGGCAAGAGGAACAAGCCUGCCUGGGGCAAGCUGGAGCCGGCGGCGGAGGCGGAGGCGGAGAGCGGGAGUGGGCGGGGAGCGGAUACGACAGCCGGCGUCGCCGCCUGAGGACCGGGACUGGAGGGAACUGAAUCAUGGAUCGGUCUUUAGACGAUGCCGGGAGAGAGAGAGUGAGAGAGGGAGGGAGGGAUAGAGAGAGGGGGAGGGAAGGAGGGAGAGAGAGAGGGAGGGAGAAAUGGAAAUAACCCGGGAGGUAGAUCUCGGA